UGAUUGUUUACAUCGCUCAAACGUCAAAACAGGAGAAAAAGAUUGACGUGUGAAUUUUUAACAAAACAGACCGAAAAUUUGCAAAAAAUAUAAAUUUGGAGUGAAAAUCUUCGCAAAACAACUGAAAACCUUGCCAUCACGAUGUCUUCAGCAACGGUUCCCCUGCUGGACGACACGGUUCCCUUCGGUGACGAAGAGCUCGACUCCUCCGGCGGAGCGAAGCGACUUUCCCACCCGUACGUGACCUUCUUUCACGUGUUCUUCCGCGGAGCGGCCGUGGCGACCUAUCUGUUCUGGGGGCUGUUUAGCGAUUCGUUCAUAAAGUGCUUUCUGAUGAUGGUGUUCCUGCUGUCGGCGGACUUUUAUCUGGUGAAGAAUUUGUCCGGGCGGCUGCUGGUCGGUAUGCGAUGGUGGAACUACGUGGACGACGACGGCCGGUCCCACUGGGUGUUUGAGUCGAAGAAGGGGGACGCGAAUUACGAGGCGCGCAUCAAUCCGCACGAGGCCAGACUUUUUUGGAUGGCGUUGGUCGUUUGUCCGGUCAUUUGGUCGCUGCUGCUGCUGGUGGCACUGGUCGGGUUCAAGUUUGAGUGGAUGCUCCUAGUCCUGAUUGCCCUGUCGCUGAACGGCGCCAAUCUGUACGGUUACAUCAAGUGCAACUUUGGAGCCGGUGCCAACCUGAGCACCACCACGACAGAUUUCGUCAAAAGUCAAGUCCUGAAGAACGCCGUCAGCUUGAUGACUCAGUCGAGCACGCCAGCGGCGUCCGCGGCACCGAAGCCAACAAUUGUAGCUUAAUCAAAAAUCAUGACUGUAAAUUGAAUUGUGUCUAAAAUAGGCGAUCUCGCGCAUGGUAAUGUAUUUAUUAAAGAUUCACUAAUAAAUGUGCCCCAGAUUCAUUCCAAAAUGUGA